GUAACUAGCAGCCUUUAGCAGGCGUAGUAUCACGUUGGGAGGUUCCUAUGUAAUUCUAUCCAAAAUGGACCCCACAAACAAGCACUUUUGCCCUUGCCCUUUUCCACACAGCCUUUUGUGCGAUAUUUUCCCCACUCUUGCAAGCGACGCCCACCCUUUUCAUUUGCCGAAUAUAUUCUCAUUUCGUCCGACUACACAGAUCUUUUACCAUCCCAAAUAACAAGAUUUACGCGUCCUUCGUUGUUUUCUUCAUCACUUUGUCGGGAUAUUAAUCCUUGACCAACUGGGUCGGUUUUGUGUUAAUCAAAAAUCGUUUUGGUUUUCUUCUCUGGGUUUGCUUUAAUUCAAGAUUUCUGCUGGUGGGUUUUGAUUAUUUUGCCCCUCAAUUUCAGCUGGAGGGCUGUUUUUCCCCCACAUCGAUUUUGUAGUUAAGGGAUUUGUUUUGGUUUCAGGGUUUGUGAAAUCUGAGCUUUCUGCAAUCGGUUUUGGUUUUUGAGGUCCCUUUCAUGUGGUUUUCUUGUGGGUUUUUGUAGUUGGAGUUUGUCGAGAGAGAGAGAGAGAGAGAGAGAGAGAUGAAGAGAGGGAAAGAUGAUGAGAGAAUGAUGGGACCUAUGUUCCCCAGGCUUCAUGUCAAUGAUACAGAAAAAGGAGGGCCAAGAGCACCUCCAAGGAACAAGAUGGCCCUUUAUGAACAGCUUAGUAUCCCUUCUCAGAGGUUCAAUUCCCUGAAUCCCAAUAACCCUGCUGCUGUUGUUCCUCCAGCAUCUUCAAGCCAGGGAAGUGGCCAUGAAAAUGGUAUGCCUUAUCAACUUCAUCAGCCUCGUUCAACGCAGCCAUCUGAUAAGUCACAUGGUAGCCGUUCUGAUUUCAACACGCCAUUGGUACAACUUGAGCAUAAAGAGAGGAUAGAUGAAGAGGAUUUUACAGUUCCUACCUUUGUUCAGUCGGAAACAAAUCAUGAACGGAGCAAAAAAGCUAAUGGCACUGAGGAAGAAAUCUCGCCCUCCAGUCCAGCCUAUUUGAAUAAGUCAAUGAACAUUCCAAAUACCAGUGUCAAAGAGCCCAAACAAACUGGCUUUACAGGUUUCAAUUUGAGACAAGAAGGCAGAAGCCAGAUAAAGAACCUGAAAGAAUCUAUGGCAUUGGGGGAGCAAUCAGUUAAAUAUGUCAAUAGUUCAAAAUCCAGAGAAAAUACUGAUGGUCUGUUGAAGCAAACUGAUAAAGAAUAUAGACACCGCCUUGCAAACAAUUUUGACAGAUUACAGAGCACUGGUGCUAGUUUACAUCAUGAGUCCAAAACCAGGUCACAGCUACACAAUAGUAUAAGUGGGAAUGGUUGCUCAAAUGAGCCUGUGAGGGACAUAAAAAAUGCACAUUCUGCCAUCCGUACAAGAGAUUCUUGUCCAGAAAAGGUUGGAAGUCCUAAAAACACCACUAAUCAAAGUGGAUAUCAUGACUACAAGACACAGGGACCACUACAGACGGCCAAUGGUGAGAGAAGUGAUGAUGCCUCUGAGAUUUCCAUGGUGGAUUCUAUAUCGGCGUUGGAUAUAUCCCCUGAUGAUGUUGUAGGAAUAAUAGGUCAGAAACAUUUUUGGAAAGCGAGAAGAGCGAUAGUCAAUCAACAAAGAGUGUUUGCUGUUCAAGUAUUCGAGUUGCAUAGAUUGGUAAAGGUCCAGAGAUCGAUUGCGGGAUCACCAAAUCUUUUGCUUGAAGACAGUGCUUAUUUGGGCAAACCUUUAAAGGGAUCUCCUGCAAUAAAACUACCACUGGAGUGUAUUGUUAAGCCAUCUCCGCACAUUGUGGAGCAUAAAGAUGAUUCUGAGAACCAAAAUCAAAACAUGGAAUGCUCCGCUGAAAAUGGCAAUGCUGUUGGCAAGACAUUUCUUUCUUCUGUGCAAAAUACUAAUCAGCCUUCAAAUUACGGACCGUUUUCAGGAAAUCCACUAUCAGCACCUCUGAUUCCAGAUUCUAAAUUCAGUCCUUGUUUCCAUCAAUCGCCUGGGCAUCAAUGGUUGAUUCCUGUAAUGUCUCCUUCUGAAGGACUAAUAUACAAGCCAUAUCCCGGAAACGGAUUCAUGGGCCCAGUAUGCGGAGGUUGUGGACCACCAGGACAAAAGCCCAUGAUGGGUAGUUUUGCAAAUCCUCCAUAUGGUGCUCCGACUUCUCAUGAGCAAUAUCCAGGAAUUAGUCAUUGUUAUUUCCCUCCAUAUGGCAUGCCUGUUAUCUCUGGCAUUGGCAUUGAACAAACAAAUAGCUUUUCUAGACAAAAUUCUGGUGGGGAAGUAAACUUCAACAUGCAACACCAGAGUUCGUGUAAUGUUCCAACCCAAAAGUGUGGAGAGGUUCAAUGCGUUGAGAAAAUGCUUGCGUCCAAAGAAACCGAGUUGCCUGGAAGUACAGCCAGUAGUCCUCCCGGAGGAAGAACACAAGGAGUUAGGGUAGGUCACACUCCCGAAGCAAGAAAUGCGCUUCCUCUUUUCCCUACUUCUCCGGCUGUUAAUGUAUCUGAGGGAGCAUCUCAGCUUGACGACACUGAGCAGCCAACAAGAGUGAUCAGAGUUGUGCCUCACAAUGCUAGAUCUGCUACUGAAUCAGCAGCUCGGAUUUUCCAGUCUAUACAACAAGAAAGGAAGCAAAACGACUCGGUUUAACCCUGCUUGUGGGGAACGAUCGACUGGCGUUGAGUGUCAAUGAGGUCCUCGACUCCAUAUUGGUUUUGUGCUUACUAUUUUUGUUUGUACUGUCCGGUAUGAUGUUUUUGUAACUGUUUCUGUGUAAUUAUAGGUGAUGCAUAUGUAGAUAUAGGUCUGAAGAUUUCAUGAGAUCAAUCAGGUCAAUGUUAUAUGAUAGUUUCUGUCAGUUUUCCUUCA